AUGGCAGAUAAUUCCAAGGCACCAAAAGCUACAGAUGAUAAGCCAGUAACUCCACCGCCGCCACAAAACACGCCAGAUCCUCCACCUAAAGCACAACCCACACCAGACAAACCAGCACCAUCAAAUCAGCCAGCUCCUGAUCCACCAAAAUCUCAGCCGGCGAAUCCUGAUCCUAAAAAAACCGUAGUAGUUACUACUUCCACGCAAGAUCCUAUAACCAUUACUUCGACUUCAACUUCCACAUCAUAUCCUUACGAAACAAUAAAUCCAUCUUCUAUUAGCCCCACUUCAAGUAAAGCUAAACCAGCAGAUAGUAAUAGUGCUAAUAGUGCUAAUGAUAGUACAAAUGUAGUGACUGCUGCCAUAGUUGUUGGAACUGUGGUGGUUGCUGCUGCUAUAGGGAUUUGGAUAUUCAGAAAAUGGAAACUUUCGCCUUCAAGAAAUUUCAAAGAAAAAAUUCAACCAGUUUCAUAUGUUUCUGAGCGAAGUCCAGAAUCUGAUACUGUGUUCUUACGUGAAUUAAAUGAACCAUAA